GCCUAUCACAGCCAGUCCCCUGCACAGUGUGCAGUUGGGCUCUGCAGUGCUUGUUCCUGCUGUGUCACUCUGUCCUUCCCCCUUGCUUGGUCUUCUUGGUGGCAGGAUUAUAAUCCAGUGCCCUGCUGCUGUCGUGCCCCUGGUUUGAGCUUUCUGCCUGACUUCUGCCCGCACUUCUCUUUGCUCUGGUACUGCACCAAGCAUGGAGAAUGACCAGUUCACUGAGAAGCAGCAGCAGGUUCCCACCUCACCUAGGCAGGACAUCCAAGGGCAAAGCAAGGAGGAACCUGUCCCCAGCUCGCAGCCCCUGUCCCCCACAGACCAAACCAGCUCCCAUCCUGAGGUGGCCAGGUGUGACAUCUCAGAGGAGCUGAGUCGGCAACUGGAGGACAUUAUUAAAACCUAUGGGUCUGCAGCCAGUUUGAUGGAGAAGGAAGGCACUACAGCAGGAACUGAAAGGCCGGAGAAGGGAGAUGCGGGCAGUAUGGAGGAUGCAGAGUAUGAGGAUACAAAUGAAGAAAGUGAGAAAGACAAACCAGCUCCUGGAGAUGCUUCAAGAGCAAAGGAGCCCAGCACCAGCAAGGAACAAAAGCUGGAGAAGAAAAUACUGAAAGGACUAGGAAAGGAAGCCACCCUACUGAUGCAAAGCUUGAACAAGCUGAAUACUCCAGAAGAGAAACUGGACCUGUUAUUUAAGAAGUAUGCUGAGCUGCUUGAGGAGCAUCGUGCUGAGCAGAAGCAGCUCAAGUACCUGCAGAAGAGGCAGGCCCAGAUCACCAAGGAGAAGGAUCAGCUGCAGAGUGAGCACAGCCGAGCCAUCCUUGCUCGCAGCAAGCUUGAGAGCCUGUGCCGGGAGCUCCAGAGGCACAACAAAACCCUCAAGGAGGAAACAAUUCAGCGGGCACGGGAGGAAGAUGAGAAGAGGAAAGAAAUAACAAACCAUUUCCAGGGCACACUGAGUGAAAUCCAGGCUCAGAUUGAGCAGCAAAGUGAGAGGAACAUGAAGCUCUGCCAGGAGAACACAGAGCUGGCAGAGAAGCUGAAAAGCAUUAUUGACCAGUAUGAGCUGCGGGAAGAGCACCUUGACAAAAUAUUUAAGCACAGAGAACUUCAGCAGAAAUUGGUGGAUGCCAAGUUGGAGCAGUCUCAGGAAAUGAUGAAGGAAGCAGAGGAGCGACAUCAGAAGGAAAAGGAAUAUCUCCUCAAUCAAGCUGCAGAAUGGAAGCUACAGGCCAAAAUGUUAAAGGAACAGGAGACAGUCCUGCAGGCACAGAUCACUCUCUACUCCGAGAGAUUUGAAGAAUUUCAGAAAACAUUGACAAAAAGCAAUGAAGUGUUUGCUACCUUCAAACAGGAGAUGGAGAAAAUGACAAAGAAAAUGAAGAAGUUGGAAAAGGAUACUGCUACAUGGAAAUCCAGGUUUGAGAACUGUAACAGAGCAUUACUGGAUAUGAUUGAAGAGAAAGCCAUGAGGACCAAGGAAUAUGAGUGCUUUGUGUUGAAAAUCCAGAGGCUAGAGAACCUUUGCCGAGCUCUGCAGGAAGAGAGGAAUGAACUGUACAGAAAAAUAAAACAAGCACAGCUCCCUGAAGAGGUGAAUGGAAAUGAUAUCUUAGAAGAAGACGACGAUGACAAUACAAACCCUUCCUCCAGUGAGCAGGCAAGCAUUGAGCUGUGUGCUGCUGACAAGAACAUGCUGCAGGAGCUAGCUGAAGCUUUCAGGGUGUCCCACUCAGCAGAGGAGACCUUUCCAAGCAACAGAAGCAAUCCAGAGACAUGCGAUGUUCAAAUGUGUAAAGCCAUCUCUGUACCAGAACUCCCCUGUCAUCUCACCUCACAGUCAGAGGCCGGGAACCACUGUGAGCAGUUCAGCAUGAGCACAUCAGGACCCCCUGAACACAUGCCAGCAUCCUCUGAAAAUACAACAACACCCAUUGAGAACAUGCCAAAGCCCACCAAAAGCAUGCCCAUGCCCAGAGAAAUGGUGCCAACACCUACAGAAAGCGUGCCAAUACCUACAGAAGGUGUGCCAACAUCUCCCAAAAUCAUGCCAGCAACCCCUGAAGGUGUGCCAACAACACCUAUGCAAAACACAUCUGCUCCCCUUGGAAAUAUGCCAGCAUCCACCAACAGCACACCAAAAGCUGUAGAACACGUGGAUGAUAUAGCAGAGCUGUUUGUCCAGGAUCAGCCUGCAGAGCAAAAAGGGGAUACAGAUAUGGAAGCAGUAGACUGAAGACAAAGAAGAGUUCAGGCUCAUAUUAAACGAACCACAGUUCUACUUCGUUUCUCAAAUUCGUUUGUUUUAAAAAAAAAGUGAGUGCUAAAACACAUAUAAAAAUACAUACUUGUAGACAAAUAUAAUGCACUUCUCUUUGAUACCACUAUGCAGUUUUACUUGGUCUGCAUGUUUUGCUGUCCUUCAUGAUUAAAGCAUAAUAUUUUCUUAAUGAUAGGAAAAUUCAACAAAAUUACAGUAUCUUUUUUCUCAGUCAUGAGUCAUCUCCUUCAACAAAAUAAUUUUGAAAUGCUGAAGUUAUAUGUUUCAAAAAUCAUUGCUAUUUUCAUACAUAUACUUAAAGUCUCAUAAUUAAUUAUAUCUGUUUGAUAUAUUGCAAUAAAGGAUGGCCUACUUGGAAAUGCAGAGAUCUCAAUAAAUGAGAAAGGAGUCUGUGAUUAUAAAGUAAAAUAGUGAAAUCAUCAGUGUGGUCAGCCAUAUCCAAAGUGAGCUGUAAUAACAAAAGGUGAUGUUGAAUGAGUAGAGUAAACUACCACGGAGCACUAUGUGGACUGAAUACCCACCAACUUUUAGUCUUACUCUGGAUUUGUCUUUUCUGCUUUGUACUUGACAAGAGGUUUUGUUUUCAACAGAACAAUGGGAGAAGGGAGAUCUUUUCUAGAUUCCUCAUAAAAUGACUGAAAAGAACACUAAUUCCUAAGAUGAUGGUAAUUCCCAAGGUAGGGAUUACAAACUUCUUUCUGCAUCUAAAAUAAGCCCAAUUGUUUGUCAUACGAUUUGGGAACAUGAUACCAAUAGAGGGACUCCUGCCUGCUGUCAGCCAGCAAAUGAGCUCUGAAGCCUGGAAGUUCAGAAGCUGGGUGCAGACUCCAGCACUUAAGCCAAGGCAAAAGGCAGAGACUACACCAGGAGAUAUCCCUGUAAUGAUGCUUCAGGAUGCUGUGAUCCCUCCCGGGCACAGCCACAUAAACCUCUGUUCACUGAAGGUUCCUUCUGACUCUGUUGUACAUGCUGAUGCAACCAGGAGAAAGGCAUGCACUUAUCUGUCACCCUGUUCAAGUCAGCAGCCCAGAAGCAAAUGCACAUCAGGAAAGCAGGAAUCUCUGUUCUUUCUGGGGACCAGAUGUAUUUCCACUUCUCUUCUAAACAACUCUCCUAUCUGCUUAUCAAUACACCAUUGCCUAGUAAUUUCUUCCCCGUGUCAGAAUUGCCAAACCAGAAGUACUGAUUUUGACAUCAAGAACAAGGAUGAGGAAGGAAGCAGGUAAGGGUGUAGCUACCAAGACAGCUGUCAGGUCUCAAGCAAGGCGAGUAAGAUGGCCCUAGGGAAGAAUGCUGACAAAAAAUCCUGUUGGCACAUCUCCUGCUUUUCAUCUUCUUCCUCUGAAUGCAGUCUAAGUCUUCUGCAUUGUGAUCUGAAUAGCGUAAUAAUCUGAAAAGGGCAGUAACAUGAGAUAUACAGAUGCUGGAAAGCUAAAUAUUACAAUCAAACAAACCCACGGCUAGAGAAAACUCGCAAGCAGCCCUGAAGGAGAAUCUGAUCAUUUAAGCCAAAAUUGAAAUACAGUUGAAUCAAGAGAAAAGAUGCCAGCUUUGGCAGAAUGUGGGCAACUGUGGUCACACAUUCUUUCCUGCAAGUCACCCUCCAAAAGUGAGGUUUGAAUCUUUGCUUCCUGCUAGCAUGUCAGCUACCUGGCUGAGUACAUCUGCAUCUGCACUGCUCAUUCAGCCACUGAGAGCUAACUCAAAUAUACAGAGCACAAUUUGCAAACGUUGGUUAUUCAAAUAUAGAUCAACAAGUAGCUAUUAGAGCUACAGAUUCCAAAGGUAGAUGUCUUAUAUUAAGCUGACAGGACUUAUUUCAUGCCUUUAAUCACCUGAAAGUGGAUCAUUUAAGUCUUAAGCUCUUUUUAUAAGUAAUAGAGAUAAUAGGCGUUUCUUGAGGACAAGUCAUCCCCUGGUAAAACAGACAUCCCAGACUGAAGAAGUCUUUCUCUUCUCUGAUUCUGAAUCAGCCCAAAAUAACUGUCUUAAAUUUAAAAUGACAAAUAUUAGGUGUCUACAUUAGUUAGGUAAGAGGAAUCCCACCACACACUCAGAAUCAAGGUCCUAAGCAAGUCAACCAAGGCACUCUGAAAACCAAGACACUUAUGUGCCUGUGAAACUGUUAGCUUAUAAUAAAAUUUUAUCCUAAAAAAACAAGUUGUAUUCACUGAUUUACUUAUAGUUUCUACUGCCUUGAGUCUGUAGAAAUCUGGUUUCCAUAACACGCUCUGUUUGUUUUUUUUUUUUUUAAGAGUGGUUUUAAAAUUAAUGUAAUUUAUAUACCUUUUCUUUUUCUUCUCUUUCUUGAUCUCAUUUGAUUCUGUUGUCAGUUUUGGAAUUUCCUGCAUGUAACCAACUCUUAUUUUUUUAAAGUAGGCCUUUAGAAUACCUUUAAUUGUUGUGGUUGUCUCAUACAGUCAAAUAUUCAAUUACAUAAUGACAAUGAUUGACAUGUCCUUGUAACUUGGUUCCAUUUUGCAUAAGCAUUAUGGUCACGUUUUCAGUUACAUAACAGUUGCCUCAUACCUUCCAACUUCAACAGGGAGACAAGGAUCCUACAGAUAAAAAGUUUCUACAUAGUUAUGAUUGAUUCCUACAGCCUCGUUCCUCAUGAAUAAUUACACAACCUCCAGGGAAAGAUCACUCCCACUCUAUUUCUCCUUCCUCAUUUUGGCCUUCUUUCAUUUUUGCAUCUAAAACUGCACUCACAUUCUUGCAAUUCUCAUUACUCUAAGAACUUCUACCCACAUGCCAGUUCCUUCUGCUCUUCCAUGCUCUCUACCAACUUGCACUUCAUCCCAGCAGUUUCUUCCUCAUUCUCAAUGCUUACGUACAAUGCUGAAAGCUUUUACUAUGGACUUGGCCUCAUGUGUUUGCAAGAGAUGGAAGAACAAAAGCAUAGGGAAGAUUCUGGCUGGCCCCAGACUGGAUGGAGCAUUUACAAUCACACCAUAGGGGUGACUUACAUGUAACCUCAUGGCCUGUAGGAGGCAGCACCCUCAACAGAGGCAGAAAAUCUAGAAAAUUUAGUUGUGUACCCAUUCACCAUCCAUAAUGUCAGACUGGCAAUUUAAGCUGACAUUACCAUUCCCGUGUUAUUUAGUUUUCCCUCAUUCAUUUCACCAUAAGCUGCUGGCCUCCUCUUGCUGUCUUCCAGUACUGGUGCCCUAUGCAAAACUGCCCCUUCACAUAGCAGUAUCCUCAUGAAAAGCCUUUGGGAUUGCAAUCCGCACAAUUCAAGGCACUUGCCUCAGUUACCACUCAAGAGGCAGAAAUCCAGCACCCUUCUGUGGCCACUGAAAUGCAGUAAGCAGCAGAGAUGCAUGCUACUUCCCUACAGUUCAUCCUUACAACCAAUCUGUUCCUGACAUUGCCAGUCUCAUCAGUCCAUCUGCUAUGGUUGCUCCUUCAGCCUUGCUUAUAUUUCAUAUACUUUUUUCCCAUACCAUAAGGCACAGAUCUGGGGCGAGGAAAGGUGGCAAUGGUAGCUGUAUCCUUCUGUACUCUUAUUAAAACCAAUUAAUUCAUUGCUGUAUUGCUUCCAAA